CGCAGCGUUUCGCAGUUCCAGAGGGAAGGAGAAGCUGGCCCUUCGGCCGCGGUGUUUACAUCCCCGACUGCCCUGUGGAUGAGGUGACCAUCCUACCGUGCUGCGCGGAAGAGCAGGAGCCCUCUUGGCUUCGACCGUUUUCUUAUUGAAGGGAACACGGGAUCGUGAUCGCUUUUUGUGCUGGGUCAUCGCCAACCCCUCACGCAACCAUGUCUUACGGAAGAAUUGAAGACAGCCGCUUUAGCUACCACUCACAGCCUCAGGACUUUAAUACACUCAUUCAAACAUGCAGUACCAACAUCCAGAAGAUUACACAGAAAACUGCACAGAUUAAUACAUUGGUGCAACAACUGGGAACACAACAAGAUACAAGUGAACUUCAGGACAGACUGCAGCAUCUGCAACACUACACAAACCAGUUAGCAAAGGAAACCAAUAAUCACCUGAAGGAGCUUGGAUCCCUACCUUUAACAUAUACUGAGCAGCGUCAGCAGAGAAUACAGAAGGAGCGUCUCAUGAACGAAUUUUCUGCAGCCUUGAACAACUUUCAAGCAGCGCAGCGAAAAGCUGCAGAAAAAGAGAAAGAAUCUGUAGCAAGGGCAAGAGCAGCGUCACGCCUCUCAAGUGGCCUCAGUGAUGAUGAACAUAAAGAAGAACAGCUUGUAUCAUUUGAAAGUAACGAAGACUGGAACCGAAUACAAGCUCAGUCUGAAGACGUGGCAGUAACGGAAGAAGACUUGCAACUGAUUAAGGAACGAGAAACUGCAAUCCGGCAGCUUGAGGCCAACAUCUUAGAUGUCAACCAGAUUUUCAAAGACUUGGCAAUAAUGAUCCACGAUCAAGGAGAUAUGAUUGAUAGCAUAGAAGCAAAUGUGGAAAGUGCUGAAGUACAUGUUGAGCAGGGGACUCACCAAUUGCAAAGAGCAGCGUAUUAUCAGAAAAAAUCCCGCAAGAAGAUAUUCAUUCUGAUUGUAUUCCUCGCAAUUGUUGCUGUCAUUUUGGGCCUUAUUAUCUGGUGGGCAAGCAAAAAAUGAACUUGCUUCCGAACGCUUGCUGCUUCUCUACACAAGAAACUGUACAGAAAACUGAUGUCAGUGGGGAAAAUCUUCUGUCUGUACUGUAACUUGGUGAAUCACAGAGAAUUUCAUGGAUUGUGACCAAGCGCCAAGAAAUUGGUUAUUUGUGAAUAUAUGUAAAGCCAGUAAGAUUUAGCCUUCUGUACGUGCACUGUAAAUUAUAUGUAAUCGUCUUGAGUUUUACCGGCAUAUUUUCAUUCCUUUAUCAAAUAGAUUUUCUAAUAGCAUGCAAAUGGUUCAGAGUUUCAGUAUCACCUGGCCAGCUUUUCCAUCUGGGGGAGUCCCAUGUGGCGAUGAUCCUGAUCAUUGCAAUUCAAGAAACUUCACUGUUGUCCACCCAAUCGACUGUCGUCGUGAUUUGUUUAAACAUAGUCCUAGAUUUUCCUAAAGCAAAACAGCGUCAAACAUUGAUUUUUAGCAGUGGAAUAGAACUCUUUUCAAAUUCUGUCGUGGUGAAACUGCAUAAUGAGGUGGGUUUGGAGGCAUAUAAUAGCAAACAGCAGUAAUUCAUAAAUAAACACAUGUCACUGUACCCAAAUCACUACUUUCAGGUAGAUACUACAAUACCUUUUUUUCUUAGUUCAUUAAUGCAAACAUUUUAAAUCUUUCAUGUGCUAACCUGUGGUGUUGAUUUCCCAAAACUUUCAUUUUUUGUUUCAGAUUUCUUUUAGAAAUUGGUAUUCCAAGGUCAAAGUAAGGUUUAAUUACUCAAAACCUGUGAAGCUGAUCUGAUCCCUGUACUAAGUGUCUGUUCUAGGACUUUUUUCUCUAGGAGUUCUGCAUAAAGUACAAUUUAAUGCUGAAAGAGAAUCACUAGAAAAUAUUAUGACAUUUCCAAUUAUUGGGAUACAGCAAUUACAUUUUUGUAUGUGGGAGUGAUGAAACCAAAUCUGCCCUGAAAUUAUUUUCCCACUUUAAAAAAAAGCCCGCAGUGUUUAUAUUACAUGCUGGAACUAACUAUAUUUGUAAUUGCUUGCCUCCAAGUCUUUUCCGUUCCCAUUAGAAUGUUGUAGUGCAUUGAGUGAUGGUCAUCAGAGCCUCCUAAGGACUAGAAGUAGGGUGUGUGUGGUGGGUUAGAUAUUCCAUGGUACCUGCACUACAUUGAUACUGUAAAACUUGGCCAUGCAGUUUAGAGCCCUAUGUGGAUUCGAACUCCUCUCAGCAUUCUCAGUGAGGUUUCUUCUGCUGCUAGCCAGACCUGAACAAAACGUUGCAUGAGGUUUGUGGGAAUGGGGCAAUAUUACACACAGAAUAUUAAUUGCUCUGCAUUUUUAUUAGGUGAAAGAUGAGUGAAGAAGGUGGCGCAUCUCUAGAAAAUAAAGGAACAUUUGAAAGUUCAGAGCUGUAGUUUUAGGUUUAAUCUAAUCAUGCACAGUUCAGUGUUUUUAAAAAAAACAAUAUUCACAGUACUAUGAUUAGUGUGGAUUUUGCUUUUUUCCCCCUCAAUAAAUUUCCACAGGAUGUAUUCUUAACAUAUUUUGUACCCAUUGGUUUUGCAGAGCUGAGUAGGUAGCUGCUGGUCCUAGGCUUUAAAAUCUCUGCUGUGUGGACAUGCUCAGUAUGAAUUUGAAUCUGUUUACUUAAAGCCAUUCCAUUCCCUGCAUUGUACAUUUUAUCAUAUUAUACUUGGGGGAAAAAAAGGCACUUUUGAUUUUGACAUUUUCUGAAUAAAUGUACCCUAAUGUGAUAUUUUUUCCGUCAGCAAUAUAUAUAGGAGGCUUGAGAAUAAAGAUGCAUUUAUACCACAGAUACUAGUCCUGUAGUAUUGGGUUUGUGGAUUCAAACUCUUCCCAGCAUUCUUACUAAUUUUUUUCUUCCUAAUUUUUUUUCCUUCCUGUUCUCAGCCAAGUUUGCUUCUUUCCUUUGGCAGGUUCAAGAAUCGAGAUGAUUUGGCAGUGAUUUAGACCAAUGUGGAGUAGUGGUCAGAGAUUUCCAUUUUGUCUGUUGCACACUUCAUGUUAACAACCAGACUCCCACUGCUGCAGUCUGUCACAUGAAUGUGAAACAAGAAGUUAAACAAGGGUUCCAAUGCAGCAUCACCUGUUCUAAAAUGACUGCAGAAACCUUGAAUAGAUGGCAGAUAUUUUAGGAACCAGGAGAGGAUGAGAGUUGUAGAAUCCUUGGAAGUUAGUCUCAAGGUUGUGGAAUGAGUUCAAGAGUUGAGGUGAGCAAAGUUACCCACACUGGUUCAGCAGCUUGAUGGUUAGAGGGAUAAUAACAGUUCCUGAACUGGGUGGUGUGGGACCUAAGGCUCCUGAUGCCAACGGCAAGCAGAAAGCAUGGCAUGGAUGGCCAGAGAAGAUGGUGCCAGUGAACAACGCGACCGAGGGUGGCAUCCUCCAGACCGUUCACAAAACUACUUUCACUUUUACAUCUUUCUUUCAAACGUGGUUCUGCUACUGUUGGAGCCUAUGAUCUACAUUUUGGUGGUGUGUGUUCUGGCCGACUGAGCGAUCUAGUGCUUUGCUGUCUGGCGGAGGCUGCUCCAUGAUGCACGCGGCCUGGGGGCCAAGAAGCACUGAGACGGGGUGUGAGCCCGUGGUCGACUCCAUUUCUCACCGAUUAAAGCGUCGAGGAAGACUGAAGUCAUUGAGGCGAGAGCGGAUGGCGAGUAGGUGUUCAGCGGCGUCUCCCAGCCUCACCGGCUGCUGUCAGAGGAAAGUGUCUGUGUGACAGUCUCUCCCUCGAUGGUGCUGGAUCUUGGGCCAAAUUUAAUCGACGCGGUUUGUGGAUUGGACUCUUACAGUUCACGUUAUGAUAUAUUUCUAGUUCAUGGUUGCUAUUUUGGGCGAUUUUGAUCAGGGCGGGCUGCAGAUACUAAACAACGCAUCACUAGAUUGAACUAGAACUGAGCUGAACGGAAUGUGCCUGGAAUUGCAGUUUUGUUUGAUGUUCUGUGUCUUUCGCUCGUUUUUAUUGCUGUUUGCUGGAUUUGUUUUUGUGUGGGGGUGAGGGGCAGUUGACGUUUCUCUGUUCCAUGGGUUUCUUUGUUUAUUGGCUGGCUGUGAGAAGACUGAUCUCCGAGUU